UCUCUACUUUCAUCAUUUCUUCUUGUUAAUUUGAAUUGGCCCAUUGAGAAUUGGACAUCAAUUCUUGUGGACUUUUCUGGAACAAAUUUCACUCUGCCGAGGCUCUGUAGUGCACAGGACUAAAAAAGGCUUCCCCGGAAGUUUUUUUGGUGGCUGGAACUUUUAUUCCUCCGCUUAGCUCGUCUCACUAACUUGACUAAUAAACCACCACGACCCUUUUUUUCUUCUUCUCUCCAUCUCUCUCUUCACUGUUGCCACUUGUCGUCAGCAACAUUGAACCUCUGCUCCAACGCAAUAUCCACUCGAUUGUCACCACACAGGGCUGAUUGAACCUCUCCGCCAUGGACAGCGUUCUGCGUCAAUCCAAGGCCAUGUGCCCGUUCCUCAAGUCGGCCUCGCCCGCCACUCUGCGGGCCAUGUCGACGGCCACCCGCCCCAGCCCGCGAGCCUCGCCCUGCGGCGGCACCAUGUCCAAGCUGCAGCUGUAUGCGCACCGCUGCCCCGUCAUGGGCAAGGCCAUGGCCGUGCAGUCGUCCAAGUAUGGCGCUGCGGCCGGCAUUCGUGCUUUCUCGGCGCCGUCCCGCACGGACAAGGCUCGGAUUCACACGAGCCGUAACCAGGAGGCUCGCGCUGUGGAGAGCCCGAUUCUGGAAGGACGAAAGAACGUUCCGCCUCCUCCUCCUCCUACCACGGUGACUCCUCGCAAGGAUGUGCCGCCUGUUGUCGCGUCCGCCUUCACCUCGGCCGGCAAGUUUGCUUAUGAGGACUUUUACCAGGCAGAGCUGGAUAAGAAACACAAGGACAAGUCUUACCGUUAUUUCAACAACAUCAACCGUCUCGCCAAGGAAUUCCCAGUGGCGCACAUGGCCGACAAAAAGGACAAGGUGACCGUCUGGUGCGCCAACGACUAUCUCGGCAUGGGCGGUAACCAGCAUGUGCUCGAUACCAUGCACCAGGCAUUGGAGGAGUAUGGUGCUGGUGCGGGAGGCACGAGAAACAUUUCCGGACAUAACAAGCACGCAGUUGAGCUGGAGGCGACUCUGGCCAAGCUCCACGCCACAGAGUCUGCCUUGAUGUUCAGCUCAUGCUACGUUGCCAACGACGCUACCCUGGCCACCCUCGGCAGCAAACUGCCAGAGUGUGUUAUCCUAUCAGAUAGCUUGAACCACGCUUCCAUGAUCCAGGGCAUACGCCACUCGGGAACAAAGAAGAUUGUCUUUAAGCAUAACGACGUAGCGGAUCUGGAGGCCAAGCUGGCGUCCCUACCCCUGCAUGUGCCCAAGAUCAUCGCCUUCGAGUCUGUUUACAGCAUGUGCGGUUCCAUUGGACCCAUUGAGGAGAUUUGCGACUUGGCGGAGAAGUACGGAGCCAUUACCUUUUUGGACGAGGUCCACGCCGUCGGCAUGUACGGCCCAUCCGGCGCUGGUGUUGCCGAGCAUCUGGACUGGGAAGCACAUGCCGCUGGCAGACCCCGCGGAACCAUCAUGGAUCGCAUUGACAUCUUCACCGGUACACUUGCCAAGGCUUACGGAACCGUCGGCGGUUACAUUGCGGGCAGUGCCAAAUUCGUCGACAUGAUUCGCUCGCUCGCUCCCGGCUUCAUCUUCACCUCCACCCUGCCCCCGGCAACCAUGGCCGGAGCCAGGGCUUCUAUCGAGUACCAGAUGGCUUAUGAUGGCGACCGUCGUCUGCAGCAGCUUCACACCCGCGCCGUCAAGGAAGAGCUCAACGCUCGCGACAUCCCCGUCAUCCCUAACCCGUCUCACAUUGUCCCCAUCUUGGUCGGCAACGCUGCCCUGGCCAAGGAGGCUUCGGAUCUGCUCCUGAGGGAUUACAAGAUCUACGUCCAGGCCAUCAACUACCCCACCGUCCCCGUUGGCCAGGAGCGUCUCCGUGUCACUCCCACCCCGGGCCACAACAAGGAACUCCGAGAGGAGCUCGUGAACGCCCUUGACGAGAUCUGGACUCGCCUGGACAUCAAGCGCACUUCGCAAUGGGCUGCCGAGGGCGGCUUCAUUGGCGUCGGCGUCGAGGGCAACGAGCCCGAGCCCCUGUGGACUGAUAAGCUGCUGGGCAUCGAGCAGGCCACGCAAGAGGUCAAGGCCGCCGGUGUUGGUCCCAACGGCAUCACCGAGGCUCUGCUCGCCCGCGAAGCAAGCAACGCCAGCCGCGCUAUGGACGUGUCGGCAUAAAUUGACUGAAGCGCCAUUGUGUGCGAUGAGUCGCGCGGCGGCUUGCUUUUGUUGGCCGGCUGCAAAUCAAGUUCACUUCUAAAUAGCCUACUUUUUGAUAAGUCUUUUUUUCUUUUAAACAAGAACCACCUACUGCAGCUAAAGCUGCCAAAAGAAAAGUCGGGGUUUUGAAUCAAUACAAACCAAUCCUUCCUUGGUGUCUGACAAGAUGCCGCCUAUAAAUACCUAGAGUGCCU